AUGCUGCCCCAUGUGCUCGAGCGUUUCGAUCACAUUUGGGAGCUGUUAGGCCAACCGCCUCCAAUCGAGGACGACAAGCGCCGGCAUAGUAGGCGCCUCAGUGCAAAAGAUGCAGACCUGCUGCGCGCGACAGGUGUUGUAUCCUUGGCGACCCCGUCCAAGACGCGCGGAUGGGUAAUACCCUUCACGGUGGUUGAAGAACGUGAGAGUGGUUGGCGCCGGCGCAUGAUCGCAUGGCCCAGAGCCAAAAAUGCACACGAUGUGUACGAAGCGCGACUCCCUUUACAGCAUGUGGCCUACUACCUCGACGCCGUGGGUGACGACAUCGCGACCACAGUAGACCUCAAAGCCUCCUUCUUUCAAGUCGAGCUGCCUCCGGCGUGGCGCUCCUUGUACCGUUUUCGAGACACGCGCGGCACGCUGCUCGAACUGACGCGACUGCCUAUGGGCUACGUGGCAAGUCCGGAGGUGAUGCAACUCCUCGUCAUGGCUGUUGCCGGACACCCCGACGUUGUUAGAAAGGAGUUCGCAAAUCCCCAAACUGUGCGCACCGACGUUUGGACUGACAACAUUCGUUUAUCGGGAAACGCAACCGUAAUCCAAGCUGCGCAAGCUGCUUUGACGAUUACCGCGCAGCAAGCCAACGUCACGAUCGGCGACCAACAGUGGCUUGCGCGACGGUACACCUUUCUUGGGGUGGUGUACAACCACACGACCAAGACCGUCGCUUUGGCAAGCAAAUUCACGCGCAAAUGUGCAGAGGCUCCGCCGCAUGCGCAUAUGACUGUAGCCGAUCUAGAGGUGUUCAUUUCCCGGGCAUUCUUUGCGUCCGCGGUUCUCGACAUUCCCAUGAUUAACUACUACUUUCUGCUCAAGUUGACGCGUCGACACUUGUCCGCGCUAAACCGCGGUUUGUGCAAAUUGGGCGACGGCAGUGCGCUCUCUCCCUCGGUCACCAAGCUUGCUGAAUCUUUACACGCAAGGAUUAUCCAAAACCUUCCGCGCUGUAUUCGACCCGUGGAGAGUACACCAAUUUCCAUUUUGGCGACUGAUGCUUCUGAGCACGGUUGGGGGGCCGUUUUUUUGCCACCGUGCGGCCCGCAGCUAGUCGUUGGAGGUCGCUGGACCUCACCUCCCCCCCCCCCCAGCUCAUCAUGCAAGCCGAGGCACGCGCCGUGCACCUCGCUUACCGGGCGCUGGCGGCACACCUUCGUGGCACCCGCCUCCACGUGUAUGUUGAUAAUACCUCGGUAG